AUGGAUGUGGACGAACAGGCUCAGAAGUUCGCGAUACAUGCGGCAUGCCGGGAGGGCCAGAGUAAGACCAAUUUCAGCUUCUCGUGUUCAAUCUCACGGACGCUGAUAGGGACUUUCAGCACAAAAGGUCGAAUCUCUCCUCAACGCCGACAAACGACUCGCCUCUCGCCGCGACGAUGAUGACCGGCUACCUUUACACUGGGCCGCAUCGUACAACCGCCUCCCCAUCGUCGAACUUCUCUCCGACCAGAAAUCCUUCGAUGUGGACGCACAAGAUGGCGCAGGCUGGACGGCAUUGAUGAUGGCAGCAUCACUCAAAGACUCCGAACCCCUGAUCGAUUUCCUCCUCAACAAAGGAGUGGAAGUAGACGUGAAGAACAGUGCGGGACAGACUGCGGUGUUCUUCGCCUGUAGUAAGAGUAACCUCGACGUGGUGAGGAAGUUAGUCGUCGAGAAGAAGGCGAGUGCGAGGAUACGGGAUCGGAGGGGACAGAUGGCCAUUCACAGGGCUGCUGCAGUGGGAGCCACGGCGAUAGUAAAGUUGCUGUUGAAAGAAGGCAAGAGCCCUGUCGAUGCGACGGAUCAGGAUGGAUGCACGGCGUUGCAUCAUGCUGUUGCUGAGGGACAUGGAGAUACAGCACUGGAAUUGUUGAAGGCUGGUGCAGAGUCGAACAAGAGAGAUCGAGACGGAAAGCUCGCGAUUGAUUUAGCACCUGAUACCCAGGUCAGAGACUUCAUCUUAAGGGCCGCGGAAGAGGAGGGGAUUGAGUUGGCGACUUCGUGA